UUAUUAGUGAAUAACGAUGCAAUAAUUUUAAAUAUGUAAGUACUGAAACCCACACUCGCGAGUGGAAAGCUGUGAUUCUACCGGUGUUUUAGAAUCUAUUAUUGUGCCUAUACAACUGCGAUUACUCGAGCAUCAUUACGAUAACACUAUCUCUAAUCACUGCCAUGUGAGUGGUUUUCUUAAAACGAAGGUUUGCUAGUAAUCUAACUGAAACGGUCGAAAGGGACCUGUUGCAGUGUAGAGGCAAAUAUCUCUAAUGAAACGUUUUGUGCAUCACCUUUCUAGAUACGGACAGACAUUGUCCUCUCUAGGCACAUCUGCAACCCAGAUGCAAUGAUCACAGGUUAACGAGGGCAAAACACAUUCACUGCCUUCGGUGGUAUCUAGCUGGCUUAAUGAAAUCUAUAUAAUUUUUUACUAGUUCCAAGGUAAGCAGGCAGAACUAAGCGUGCUUAUAUAUUACGUAUGAGUAAUUGAUUGAUAACUCAUCAUAUGAAGAGGUGGAGAUUUUCGUAGGUAACUUCGCGAGCUCAGUUAUUUUACAGCGAAAAUCGUCUCUUUCAUGCAAGGCUGUUUUUGCCAGGUCUUAGAAAAAAUACUUGGAAACUGGAAUUCGCUGAUCAUUUGUGAGUGGUUAACCUUAACUGUGCUAUAUUGUACACGAAAAUGUUGUUGGCGUCGCGUUUGAGAAUCUUCUCGAGCAUUGGAAAGGCACUCCACGUAUCAAGCAGGGUGCUUAACAACGAGGACAGCGUAAAGCGUGCUAUUGAAACUGGAGAUGUAAGUAGCUUUCCCGAACGUUUCAACUUCACUCGUGAUGUCGUUGAUCUUUGGGCGAAACACGAAAGCCCACUACGCAAGAGCGUACCGGCUCUAUGGAUGAUACAGGACGGGAGAUCAAAAACAUACACGUAUCGUGAGCUAUCGCAAAUCUCGAAGAGAAUCGCCGGUGUUUUCCAUAAUUAUGGAAUUAAAAAAGGAGACCGGAUUCUCUUGUGCUUACCGAAGUGCCCGGAAUAUUGGUUCAUCAUGCUCGGCCUAGUGAGAUGCGGCAUUGAAUUUACUAGCAUCACCACGCAGGCAACUGGCUACGAUCUGCGAUACCGGAUUGAGCGCUUUACACCGAAAAUGGUAAUUUCAAAUAAGAUCAGUGAUGUCGAUUUUGCAACCGUCAACACAGAAGUUGAAUACAAGAUGUCGAUUUCGUAUGAAGGAGUUGGUUGGAUGAGUUUAACCUCACUUAUGGAGUCCGCCGGUGAUUUCGACGGUUACAAUACUUCAUUGAACGACCCGGCCAUUGUAUUUUUCACUAGUGGAACAACAGGAAAGCCCAAAAUGGUUGAGCAUACACAUAGUUAUCUAUUAGCCCAUGUUAUAACGGGUAAACGUUUAUAUUUCUUAAAACACACUGAUGUUUUCUGGUGCUUGGCGGACACGGGAUGGGCAAAAGUGGCUUACGCGACGUUCUCAACAUGGCUGUAUAGAGCAUGUGCGUUUGUUGAUACGUCGGCCCGAUUUUCGCCGUACGAUGUCCUAAAAGUCCUCCAAGACUACCCGAUUACUAAAUUCUGUGCCCCUCCCACUGUUUACCGGCAAUUAAUCAACAAAGAGAGCGGAUUGUUCAACUUUAAGGCACUUAAUGACUGCGUGAGUGCGGGUGAACCGCUUAAUCCCGAAGCGCUUCAUGCUUGGAAAGCUCUGACAAACAUUUAUAUCAGGGAGGGGUAUGGUCAGACAGAAACCAUCGUUGUUGCUUGUGCACCUUAUGGCUCUGUAGUUAAACCAGGUUCAAUGGGUCUCCCUUUGAAGGAGUGCCAAGUUGUCAUCCUAAAUGAUGAUCUGAGUCCAGUGAAACAGGGCGAGGUUGGCCAGCUAGCACUUUCCAUGUCGCCUGUAAAACCAAUUGGUCUUCUAAAAGGCUAUAGGGACGCCGAGGAUAAAAACGCCGAUGCCUUUAAAAACGGUUACUACUUGACUGGUGAUAAAGUAUACCAAGAUGAAGACGGUUACUUGUGGUUUGUUAGUAGAGCAGAUGAUAUUAUCAUAUCAGCUGGAUACCGCAUCGGGCCAUUUGAAAUCGAAAGUGUUUUACUAGAGCAUCCGGCUGUGGUUGAGUCGGCUGUCGUCGGUGUGUCUGACCCGGACCGUUUCGAAAUAGUUAAAGCAUUUAUAGUACUGGCUGAAAACUACACAAGCUACGACCACGACAAACUUGCUAACGAGAUUCAGGAAUUCGUUAAACAGCGAACUGCUCCGUACAAAUAUCCCCGCCAAAUCGAAUUCGUCAAUUCGUUGCCGAAAACAAUGAGCGGGAAAAUUCAACGAAAUAUACUACGCCAAAAAAAAUAGCACUAAGAAAAUGUAACACACGAGUUGAAUAAACACGCUCAAAUGUUGCUAAGCUA